AUGGAUAUUAUGGAGCAUGCGCUCCCUACUACUAUCCUUCAAAGUCAGCCUCGACUAGAGCUUGCUCUACGAGACCUAGUAACCAUUUCGGAGUACUGUACACUCCAGUCCUCAUGCGAGGUCGUGGCGCACGAGCCCGAUGAAGAAGGUGUCAUUGUCCAUUACUCAGACCGCGAUGGAAAGCCCUGUCAGAUCCACGCUCUCUAUUUGAUCGGAGCAGACGGAAAACGAGGUAUCGUCCGGAAGCAUUUUCUUGAAAAAUCCGCCGGCGUUCGGCAGGAGGCGGGAAUAUUCGAGUACGAAGGUACCUGGAUUGCGGCCAACCUGAAGAUCACUCUCCCGACACGAGAGUCUCAUCCGGAUUUCCCGCUGUGGGCAUACGGAUACACCGAGGAGGCGGUAUACGAUUUGUUCUGGCCGGCCAACUGGCACUUCUGCCGACCACCUGGGAAGCCAGUUGCGUGCGGACGAUUUGGUCCACGAUCGGAGCGACUCUGGCGACAUGAGUUUGCUGUCCCCGAGUGGAAGUACGACAACGACGACGACUCAGCAGAGGCGAGUACCGUCUUCUGGGAACACCUCACUCCGAUGAUCACUCGACCAGUGCCUAGUCCAGAGGGAGCGGCCACCGCCACCUUUCCACGCGACUGCAUCCAAGUCCUCCGCUGCCGCCCAUUCCGCUUCUCUCACAAAGUCGUCAAUCGAUGGUUCUCUGGGCGCAUUGCUCUUAUUGGGGAUGCAGCUCAUGUCUUCCCACCCUUUGGUGGCCAGGGCGUUGCCUGUGGUGUUGCGGAUGCCGAAGGCCUGGCCUGGCGGUUGGCUGUCCUGACAAGGCUGGAAAAGGCCGAACUAACCUCAGCACCCCUACGAGCCAAAACAUUGCAGUCCUGGGCCGAGGAGCGACGGUCGGGCGUGGACAUGUCCGCGCGUUUGACGCUGCAGAACGGGGAAUGGUGCAACAAAGAGCCCGGUUGGUUGGGCGCGCUGCAGAUUGCACUCUUGAGACUACUACUCUUUUUGUCCCGAGGUGCGAUAUUGCCACCUUCUCCGAUAAAAGCAGCAGCCAGUGGGUAUCAUGGCUGUCUACGGGGCGCAUUUCUAGCCAACUCCGGGGGCGGAGGCAGGCUGGGUCAGAUAUACGUCCAAACGCGCUUCCCUCAGAGCAAUUUGACCGUCAUUGAACUCUCCGACCAAGCACUGCGACGAGUUCCCACAGUUUUCAGCUUGCUGGUCAUUCAGUCUGACCAUGAUGACGAGCAGAAUGCGGAGCUAGAGCAACUUCUCCAGCGAUCGACUAUCCACUCGGCCAUCCUCUCGUCCAAAUCCCGCGUCCAUUUUGACCUCAGGGACAAUCCGAGUGGUGGAUACCGCAAUAACCUGUGGCCUAUAUCGUUUCCAGCGCCGCUACAUCUUCUCACGGGGUAUAAUGUUCGCCCAGGAUACGACGUCGACCAGUUCAAGCGCCGACUGAACGACCACCGAGCGAAAUAUUUCAUCCUCCGUCCAGACAGCAUCAUCUAUGCGGCAGCUAAAAACCUCCAGGAUCUAGAGCGCUGUCUGAAGGCCCUGGAGCAGGGCUUUUCCUAG